CACCUAAGCUUCGGUGUCCCUUAAUAACCCCCAACAGCAACAUGGGUAAGAGGAAGCGUGAAGCUCUAGUUACUGAAGAAGAAACUAUUGAAUUGCCUCCUCUCCCACCACUUGUUAGAGAUUCAGAUGAACCUGUUAAAAAGAAGCCAAAAUGGACCAACAAGCAGCGUGUGCUGGUAUUUGGCUCUCGUGGCAUGUCAUUUCGAGACCGCCACCUGAUGGAUGAUAUUCGUUCUCUCUUACCACACAGUAAACCUGAAGCCAAGAAAGAGCGUAAAGAUGAUCUCAGAGUUAUUAAUGAGAUAGCUGAGAUGAAGAACUGUAACAAAUGCAUCUACUUUGAGAAUAAAAAGAACAAGGAUUUGUACAUGUGGGUCUCCAAUGUUCCACAAGGGCCUUCUGUCAAGUUUCUCAUUCUUAAUGCACACACCAUGAAAGAACUCAAGAUGACUGGCAAUUGUCUAAAGGGAUCAAGACCAUUCUUAAGUUUUGAUCCUGCCUUUGAUGAACCCCAUUGGUCAGUGAUGAAGGAGCUUUUUGUGCAGAGUUUUGGUACCCCAAACCACCACCCAAAAAGCCAACCUUUUCAUGACCAUGUUUUAACUUUCUCCAUCCUAGAUAAUAAAAUUUGGUUCCGCAACUAUGAAAUAUUAGGAAUGGAUGGGAAGCUCUCUGAGAUUGGUCCCAGAUUUGUUCUAGACCCGAUUAAGGUGUUUGAUAGCAGUUUUGGAGGAAUUACUUUUUGGGAGAACCCACAUUUUAUAAACCCCAAUGUGAUGCGACGUGAGAAACGUAAGGUUGGGGCUUCCAAAUACAUUAAGAAAGUACAUCAGAAAGAAGGCUUUAAGAGAAGAGCGCCCAAGGAGCCUUAUCGUGGUGAUCCCACAAACGAAAUCUUUCAGACUAAGCCUCCAGAAGAAGCUACUAGUAGUGAAAAGCAACUUUUUAUUCGUAAAAAGUUUUGAUUUGGUUUUGGUUUUAUUUCAGUGUUUUUCCAGUGACCUGAUGAUUUUCUCUUAAUAAAUGUUUAGUAUUUUUCAUCUACGGUGUAAUGGUUAUGGAUCUGAGAACAUUAUUUUGAAACCAAAUUAAUCAAAUGAUGUUGCCCAACUACUGGGUAUAUACAUGUACUUGAAAAUAUACCAAUAGUUCCAAUCCUAUAAUUAAACAAUAUGCUUUUUUUUUUUUUUUUGCUCAUUGUGAUUUAAAAAUACCUAGUUUAAAAUGAUAAUUUGCAUAGUUGUUGUGUGCACUACUUGUUGCAGUCAUAUUCAUUGUUUCCACCUCUGCUUCAUUUGUUAAUCCAGACUGCCAGAGCAAUUUUAGGCCUGUGAUUUUUCACAGUCGAGGCUUGCUGUUUCUAAUCUGUUUUCUAGGUUUUGGCCAUCCUGGUAUUCAUGAUAUAGUAAUGAAGUUAAAUUAUGUAUAUUCUGCAGUUCAUUUUUCAGCCUCCUAUAAGUGGCUGGUAUUUCUCCACUUUUUGAUGGCAGUGUAAAACUGCUCAUGAAUGUGUGCUGGAAACUCAAACAUUUCAUAAGAGUAAACCUAAUUUUUUACUUAAAUACCCUAAUACACUUAUUCUGGCUGCCCUCCGUGAGGUGCCUUCAACCCUUUCGUUGUCGGUCCCGUUAUACAAUGGUUUUGAAGCCAGUGUUGGUCCUGUAGUACAACGCCAUGAACUCAGUUCAGAUAAGCUGUGAGCGUUAAAUUUGGGCUUUGAUAUGAAAGAAUACGUCUAUGCAGCAAGUGUGCACCAUAUAAAAAAAAAUAAUCCUGCAGCAUGCAGUGCAUAAUGAAAAAAAAAAAAACAAGUUUUUGGUUUAAAA